GACACAACUGGCCUUAUUCAGACACACAACUGGCCAUAUUCAGACACACAACUGACCACAUUCAGAGACACAACUGACCACAUUCAGAGACACAACUGACCACAUUCAGAGACACAACUGACCACAUUCAGAGACACAACUGACCACAUUCUGACACACAACUGACCACAUUCUGACACACAACUGACCACAUUCACACAACUGACCACAUUCAGACACACAAAACUGACCAUAUUCAUACACAAAUUACCACAUUCCGACACACAACCGACCACUUCAUAUAAAGGCUCGUUCCUCAGCACCACACCCACAUGAAGGACCAGAACACCGAGAUCAUUAGAUGGGUGCUCGAGCUCCACGUUUACUAUAGUCCCGUUAUACUAAGGGAAGCGCAAUAACGCUCCAUGGGUUUAAUUCGGCACUCGAUCUCCGGUGAGUUAUUGUCUUGUAGUUUGGCUCUUGGGCGGAUUUUGCGAUCUGUGACACGGCCAGGUGUCUCCGCCAUUUCCAGUGAAACCACAAGGCGUUUCCGAGUGAAGAACCCGUAGUCUCAAGAUGGAGUCCGCCUGACUCUGUGGGUACAAAGCUCCACUACGGCUCAACACCAACCUCUACUAUUACCCCGACCAUUACUAACGUUACUCGUGCCUCUACUACAACACUAUUACUAACAUUACAGAUGGCUCUAUUCCAACACUAUUACUAAGGUUACAGAUGGCUCUAUUCCAACACCAUUACUAACGUUACAUACACAUGGCUCUUUUCAAACACUAACCUCGACGAUAACAAACGUUAUACGUGGCUCUAUUCCUAAACUAAGACCUCGACUAUUACUAACGUUACACAUGGCUCUAUUCCCAUACUAAGUAACCUCCGUAUAAACCCUCAGCCGUCACUACACGCGGCUCUAUUCGAUUAACUACCUAUUGUUCACACGGCUAUAUUGUUCAUACAAACCUUUCUCAAACCAGUUCUCAUGGGCACUGCAUUCUUUCCUAAAAAUGGUUUCAUCUCCAUUCUGGACUCUGGAGAUGCUCUUUCCUAUCGCUCCACUUCAGACUUGUCCUCCUACAUUCAUCAGUAGUGAAGGACAUUGUUACUCCAGCUCAUAUGAACACUUCUAUGCAUAUCGCUCCAGCGAUGGACGGUGCUCCGGUCUGUGCACCAGGCCCCGCGGCGUGACCGGUGAAUCCGCGACGUCCUCGGUGGAUAGCAAUGGAAGGAGCCCCGGUCUGUCCACCGGGAUCCCCCGGCUUCUCAGCCGCGACACGCCCCGGGGCCUGGUCGAUAGACCGGGGCUCCGUCCAUCGCUGGCGAGGUCUGUCCAUCAGGAUCCUCCGGUUCCUCAGCCCCGACACACCGCGGCCCGGUGGACAGUUGUACCGUCGACCCAGACUGCCACCCCGCCCAACCGCGCCUCUCUUCGAUCAGAACAAUCGAUAUAACCAAUGAAACACGAGGAGUCGCCUGGAUUGUCGAGCGGCCUGUUUUGAACCGUGCGUCAAAAUGGCGAACGAACGGGCCUGCGCAGCGGGUACUGCGCAUCCCCGAUGGAGGGGAGUUUGGUGACGUAGGUUUGGAAACAAACACGUUCCUGCCGUUCUGCCCUCAGUAGAAGAUGUUGCUCCUUCCGACUGGAGACCAUUCGAAGACCACAGCGGAACGUAAACCGCCCCGUCGAAGCACUCGAUCUAUGCGACGAUGCAGAAGGCUGCAGGCUUUUUGUGAAUCAGAAUUCGCCAUUCUUUGAAUGUCUGCAUUUCAUUCAUGGCCACCAAGAAGAAGCGUAAGGAGAUGGUGUUUCAAAAGGAAUGUACUAAUGGCUAUAGAAAAGCCUCAAAGCCUCCUCUUCCUGCUCCGUCGUUGGUUCUCCUUAAACCUGAGAAGGCCGAAGAAGGAGAUGGAACUAUUGUCACGGACAAAGUGGAAGACUGCAUAAAGAUGCCCUCGACAGGCGAGUCCCCCCCCACUACAGCGGCCCUGGAGAAUCUGCCUGCCAUGAUCAGCUGCCACGGCGUGAGUGUCACCCUGGACAACAACGUCAUGUGGAACAAGUUCUUCAGGUGCCAGACGGAGAUGAUCCUCACUAAAGAUGGCAGCCGGAUGUUUCCCUACUGCCGCUUUCGCAUCUCAGGCCUGGAUGCGUCUCAGAAGUACUCUCUGUUGGUGGACAUCCAGCCCCUGGACAGCAGCCGGUACGAAUGGACUGGGCACCAAUGGCAGGUCGCUGGAAAGGCAUCACGCCAUUUGAAGAGUCAGGCAUUCUCUCACCCUGAUUCACCGUCCACAGGGCAGCACUGGAUGGAGCAGCCGGUGUCUUUUUAUAAACUCAAGCUCACUAACGUGAUCCCCGGCCAGGGAAACCUUGUCCUGCAUCCACAGCAUCGCUACAUACCUCGCUUACUUGUCGUCCCUUUUUCUGCGAACGGCAAGAAGGAUCUCAAGCUCAAUGGACCUCGGGUUGCUACUUUCACUUUUCCACAGACUGAGUUUUUUGCAGUCACUGCUUACCAGAACUCACGGUUUACACAAUUGAAGGUAAACUAUAACCCAUUUGCUAAAGGGCUUAAAGAUGAACGAUCAAGCUUCCUGGCCCUGAAGCCCAAAUCAGUUGCUAGCAAAGACUUGAACAAUGAGCCAGACCCGUCCAAUAAUCAAACUCCUCUUGUGAAGAAGAGUUUAAAGUAUUUGCUGGCAAACCAUAAGCCUAGAAGCUCCCCAGUAGCAGACCACCAGCAUUCAGAUACCUUGAUACCUGCAGCUACCAGCUCCACUGAAGAACUGUCUAGUCAGGCAAAGCCCUCUCGGAAGUUGUUUUCUGAACUGAUCCGAGAGGCCCACGUCUCCCUGCGAAGAUGCAAUUUGGACAAAAUGGUCACCAGUAUGCAAUCUACGUGCAAAGUAAAGGUGCCUGAGUUUGAGCGCCCGGUUCCGACAGUUUGCCCUGCAGUCGAUGAAAAGUCAACAACGGCUGCUUGUCCUGCCCCUGAAUCUCCAAUAAAGCCGGUCAUGUCUUCAUUGGACAGCAAGAGUGACUCUGAACCUCAACCAGAAGUAAAUGCGAGGCCACACAAGCGACCGGCGCUUGUUCCUCUUCCAGCUCUCGCCCGCUUCCUGUCAAAACAUCAGUCAAAACACAAGAAUGUGGGGACCAGACAAGAGUCCUUAAAUAAACCACCCCCUGAGGCAACACCUCCCUCUAAAACGGCCCCUUGUGACCGGUCCACUGUUGGUUCCCAACCUCGGUCAACCCUGCAUCACCCGGAACCAACACAAGAGGGUCAAGUAUUGGCUCCUCAAAUUGUGGUUCCUAAACCUAAGGUACCGGAUUGUACACUUGUGUUACCAAGCAUCGAUCUGUCAUUAUCUACUUCUGAGCAAAUAGAUUUCUCCACUUCUGCCCCUGAAGGGUUGCCAACAGCCAUUGACUCAAUCCUGGCUGACAUUACAGACUCCAGUACCAUAGCUCCAUGUGUGUCGACCAAUCGACCUGCCUCCCUCCUACCAGACUCUUCCCCCAUAGGUUUUGAAUCACUGUCUCCCGUCUCCUCAUCAGAACCGUUACCCCCCCUACAUGUGUCUCUCGGAUUAGAAACCUUAGCGUCUCCAUCAGCCGUCGACACUACCCUGAAAUGGCACUCGCUGUUUCCCCAGCCUGACCCAUUUUUGACCUCGUAUGCACACUUUUACCCCACAACCCAUUCUCCUACACUAUGCCCCCAGCAUCAGCCCAGCCAAGAAGCACCCUCUGUAACCCCUGACCCCUUGCUGCAUGAAGAUGAAUACCAGUCCUUACCAUUCCCGGGAGAGUUGUCUCCCCUUAAUCUCCAGCUCUCGAUGUCCCCGAGCUUCUCAUCGCUGGAUGGUGGCGCGUUGUCGCCUAGCCCUUCUCUCUCCGACCUCCUGUCCUUUAUCUCCAACGACCACAACAACCUUCUCUUGGAGGCCGAAGUCGUAAGGGCGGAGCCUGCUCUGGUUCCCUGCCCGCCGCCUCCCCUCGCCGUCCCAAUACCGAGGCCGGAUCCCUUCCCUCCAGUAGAACCAGAACCGGAACCAACCGCCAAGCCGAUGAAGGGUAGGAAGAAGGGUAGGAAGGAGCCGUCCGAAACGGCUCCCAGCGGCUCCGACCCCGGGUACACCAAGAUGCAGCCGAGCUUGGAGGAAGUGGAGGAGCAGCUCUUCGUCUCCUUUACCUCCAAGGAAGCACUGAAGCUCCACAUUCAGGAACCACAUGACGGCCCAGGGACCCAGCCUCUCGAGAGCUCCAGAGAAGAUCCUCAACCAAAUGCAUCCUCAUCAGAGGGAGAACCUCGUCCACAAAGCACACCUCCGCUAGACACGGGAGAGAUUGGGGCUACUGCAACUGGAGAACAUGCUUCUUCAGGUGAUGUGGUAAAGGAUUACAAGGAGAGCAUCGCCGCCUUUCAGAAGGUUCUCCUAUUGGAACUGAAGCUCAUGAAGAACAGACAGGUCAUCCACCCUGUGUUGCAAGAGGUCGGAUUGAAGAUGCAUUUACUGGAUUCUGCGCUCGCUAUAGACCUGCAGUACCUAGGGGUGCGUCUACCCAUCCCUCCUCAUCCUUUCUCCUUGGAAGCGCAGGCUCCAACAGCGCGGGCAGCAUCACCGCCAACAUCACCUCGUCUGAGUGUGUGCUUGGACUUUGUUUCUAGGACAGGUAAGACCUCAGACAUUACCCAAAUCAAGGGUUGGAGAGAGAAGUUCCCUCCUUCAGAGUCGUCUACAUCCUCUUCGUCCUCCAGGCCCGAAGCUGCUGUCUCGGCCGAGCAUCCCAGUAAGAACUUGUCAGCCUUCUGCAGCGACAUGCUGGAUGAGUACCUGGAGAAUGAGGGUAAGUUCCUCGACCAGCACGCCUCCAGCUUCUCCCAGGCCCCGCCCGAGCCCGUGGCCUACAAGCUCCCCGUCCAGAGCUCAAGCUACGUCCGGACCCUCGGCAGCGUCAUGAAGAAGCAGCCCCUCAGCGCGCCCACCUCCGCCCUCAUCUCCAGCUUCGUACCCCCCUCCAAGAGGCCCAGGCUGCCGCCCACCCCCACCAAGAGGCUCAGGCGAGACGGGAGGCAGAAGACCGCGGGGCUCAAACUGAAAGCGAAACCAGCUGCAGGCACUGGGGACUCGACGCCGACCAACAGCUCUGUAGUGUCCCUCGCCCAGCCCCCGGCCCCCGCCACGUCUCAAGCCUCGCUGGCCACGCCCCCAAAAGUCCCGUCCCUCACGUCCCAGACACUAGACAAACCCGAGGCACACCCAUCCCCAGCCAAGACCGCACCCUCUCCCGUCUCCACGCCGGCCAAUGCCCCCUCGAAGAAGACAAAGAAACUGAAGUCGUCGCCCUCCCCUCUCCCGACGCCAAAGACGCCCGUGUCGAAGGACCUCGCUUGGGGCGUUCAGAACCUGGCUCCGCUGGAGUCGGACUCUGAGCUCGGCCUGGCCGAGGACGAGUCCCCGGGCCGGCCGCCGCCGCCGCCGCCGCCGCCCCGAGCCCUGGUCUCCGUCACGCUGCUAAAGCAGAGGGACCUGGAGGAGGCAGCGGUGUGGGAGGGGCGGCCCCGGACCUGCGUCACCGAGGAGAGGGCCUCCGUUGCCCUCACGUCGCUCUUCACCUCGGCGGGCUUCGUACGUGAAGACCCUACUGCUCCGAUCCAGCUGGUGAAGCGACCUACCCCAGCCUGUCUCAAAGACUUCUGUCUGCUGGGCUGCGUCUGCUCCAGCCUGGCCCAAUCCCGGCUCAUCACCCACUGCGGCAAGAUGGAUUGCAUGCUGGGUUGCAGCUGUCUGAGGCAGAAGGUGGUCCUGCUGAAGAACCUGGACGGGUCAGACUCCGGCCCCUCGGAAAUUGACCCCUCCAGGAGAAAGAGGAAGAGGAGGAUGAAGAUGGCCUAUGUCCUGAAGGAGACGGAGAGCGUGGCCCAGCCAGCCCAGCCGGUGCGCACCUUGUGGAAGGGUGGAGAUGUGGACCCUGAACCCACGUUCACCCCAGAACACCUCAUACCCCCGAAGAAACAGGUGCGACGCGGGGCUGGGAAGAAGGGGAAGACCUGUGCCCGGGUCCGAGGUUACACAGGGAGGAAGACGCUCACCCACGCCCGGAAGUUGGAAGGUGUCCAGGAAGCGGAGGAAGAACACACGCAGGUCUUGAAGAAGACGACGGCCAAAAGGACAGAUCGGAGCAAGCACCUGGUGAUCGUGGCCGAGUGCCGAUGGCCCAGUACGGAAGUUCAGAACCAGGUUCUGAAGGCUGUUUGCCAGGCCAUGGCCCAGGAGAAACUCCACACGCCAUUCCGGAUCGGCAAAUACCAUGUCAAACUCCUGAGCUUCAACAUCAGAGAAGGCGUCGUCCACUACAAGGUCCACAUAUCCGAAGGCAACGCAGACCCCUCCAAAACCCCGCGGUCCACCACUAGACCCACGGGCCCAAGUAAGACGGGAGGCGAGGAGACGGAGGGAGGGGAAACGGUGCAGGACCAUCAGGAGGAGGUUCGGGGAGAGAGAGCUGUGGAGUACUGGCAGAAGGAGGUGGAGGGCGAGGAGGACGUGGAGUACUGGCAGAGGGAGGUGGAGGGAGAGGAGACGGAGGAGGACGCUCAGAAGGAGGUGGAGGAAGAGGAGGCUCUGGAGCCCUGGCAGAGGGAGGUGGAGGGAGAGGAGACGGAGGAGGACGCUCAGAAGGAGGUGGAGGAAGAGGAGGCUCUGGAGCCCUGGCAGAAGGAGGUGGAGGAAGAGGAAGCUGAGGAGGACCCUCAGAAGGAGGUGGAGGAAGAGGAAGCUGAGGAGGACCCUCAGAAGGAGGUGGAGGAAGAGGAAGCUGAGGAGGACCCUCAGAAGGAGGUGGAGGAAGAGGAAGCUGAGGAGGACCCUCAGAAGGAGGUGGAGGAAGAGGAAGCUGAGGAGGACCCUCAGAAGGAGGUGGAGGAAGAGGAAGCUGAGGAGGACCCUCAGAAGGAGGUGGAGGAAGAGGAGGCUCUGGAGCCCUGGCAGAAGGAGGUGGAGGAAGAGGAAGCUGAGGAGGACCCUCAGAAGGAGGUGGAGAUGGACAAAGACCUUAACCUGAAGGAGGUUAAAAAAAGGAUGAUGAAGAUGGCUCUGCCCUUCCUCUCUGGACUCUCCCACGCAGGCUUCCUCUCAGCCAACCUGAAGGCGGCGGGGGGAGGCAGCCUACUGGUGCAGGUCAACGGAAAGCCCUACCCCAACGCUAUGGUCCAGCUGGGGCGCAUGGGAGCCUUGCACCCGGCCAACCGGCUGGCAGCCUACCUCACCGGGCGGGUGGUACCCACCCAGCCCCCAGCCCCCCCCGCCUCCAGCACUGCUACGGUCUCCACGGCUACCAGCCCUCCAGCCUCCGACCUGCAGAGUCUGCGGGUCGGGACCACGGGACCGGGCCCCUCCUCUCAGAGGACAGGCGGGCGGAUGAUCCGGUUGGUUCCGCUGAGCCAGCUCAGGAAUCCGAAGGGCCGUGACGGGACUCCCGGGAACAACGAGGACCGCAAAAGCAUCUUCAUCACCGCGACCGGACCCAGGAAGGUGAUUCAGGUGCUCUCUGUGAAGCCCGCCCCGUCAGCGGGAACCUGCAGGUUUCGGCUCGUCUCAGCCGGCGACCGCAGCAACGCGUCGCUCAGUCUCCCCCUGCCCAAGCUUCCCCCGCUCACACCUGCUGGUUCCAGUGGAACCGACCAGAACGUCAGAGCUGCUGGUUCCAGUGGAACCGACCAGAACGUCAGAGCUGCUGGUUCCAGUGGAACCGACCAGAACGUCAGAGCUGCAGGUUCCAGUGGAACCGACCAGAACGUCAGAGCUGCUGGUUCCAGUGGAACCGACCAGAACGUCAGAGCUGCAGGUUCCAGUGGAACCGACCAGAACGUCAGAGCUGCUGGUUCCAGUGGAACCGACCAGAACGUCAGAGCUGCUGGUUCCGGUGGAACCGACCAGAACGGCGACAUUGGACAGAUCGCUAAUAGCGGAACUGACCUGAACAUCAUCUGUGUGGACAACGAGUCCGAUGUCCUGACGAAUGAAGGGCAUGUGGGCGUGGCUAGGAUAUCCUCCAGGGCCUCGUCGGCCGUUGUGCCGAGGGCAGAGCAUGACGUGGUGGUUUUGUCGUCCAGUGAUCUGAGCGAUUCGACCUCGGACAGCAAGCGGGAGGACGGGCCGGGCGACGGCGCGAGGCGAGACAGGCGUAACAGCCGUUUCAGGCUCCUGGAGACGGAAUGCAGAAAGGCCAUCGAUGUGGGGGUAGCCAGACUGCAGAAGGAGAUGGGGCUCGGAGAAAAGUCUCCCAAAGUCACAACCAUCAAGCAGGCCCGUGAGGAGUUGCUGGAGCUGAGGAGCUCGGAGGGCAAGCUGGCGCGACUCAACGUCGCGGCCUCACUGAGGAGGCAGCGAGGGGAACGCAUCAGGGCUCUGGCCCUCAGGACAGGGAGGUCCGAGGCGUCCGUCUCCAGAGAACUGCUGCUGCUGUCCAUUGGGAACGCGCAACCGGGACGGACAGGAAGUGACCCGCCGUUGGCUCCCGGGGUCGCGGCUCGGAUGGAAGAGACGGACUCCGAUGAGGAGAACCUUCCCUCAGACACGCACGACUACAUCGGCAGCAGCAUCCGUGGUGACGGCAAGGUCGACAUUGAGGCAUUGGCGGAUGACGUAUCAAAUACCGUGGAUGACAAGAAGUGUCUGGUCACGGCCUACAAGUCUCUACGCUCUGAACUCAACUGUAUGACCGCAACCAAAACGGAACUCCUGGCCUCGGCCUACAGCGUGAUCUGUGAUCUGAAGGACGAGGAGAAGCUCUGUGAGAAGGUUAUGGUGACCCUGAGACACCAGCGAGCCCGCCUCAUCAACACCAUCUCUGUUAGAUCUGGGAGGUCAACCAGGAAGAUCCUGGAGAAGCUUCAGAGCAUCACAGCCAAGCAGCGGCAGCUGGAGGUGAGGCGACCCAGACUCCGGCCAGCAGAGACCGACACGCCGCUGGACCUCUCGUCCACCACCAGACCACGGAGCCAGCUCCCAGCUCCACCCUGUACUGCACAGCUGGAUCCGCAGCCCCCCCCUCCUACAGCCAGGUCCCCCCACAGUGCGUCCAGGCUGAAGACCGUGCCCAACAUCCUGACCCGAAGGAAGCCGCCCUCUCCGCCUCUGUCCCCCUCGCCGUCCCCUCCCGUCGGGUGGAGCGAGAGUAGAGAAGCUCCGGCCUUCCACACCGCCAUGAUGCCAGCCGGCCUUGUUUCCUUCCUGUGUCCGUUACCAGGACAACAGGUCCUCACACUGAAGCACAUGGCGUAUGAACCGGGAGCCCCGCCUCCAAACCCAGGUGUGGCUUCAGUCAGCCUAGAUAUCGCUUACCCAGCCAAUGAAAACAUACCUCCCCCCUGCGUGUCCCGCCCCUCCAGCAGCAAUGGUCCUUUCACCACCCUCUUGUACCUGGUGCCCUCAACCACAGCCCUGCAACCCCUGCAACAACUGCAGGGACCAGCAGUCGACGAACCUGGGUCCCUACCCCAGCCCCAGACCCUCCAGGCUGGGUCUCAACCCCAGCCCCAGACCCUCCAGGCUGGGUCCCUACCCCACCAGACCCUCUUCUCUGCUGGGGCACCACCACCCCACCAGACCUUCCCUGCUGGAUCGAUACCCCACCCCCAGACACUCCCCUCUGGGGUGCCUGGGGCCAAACUUGAAGAGUGUGGGCCCAGGCCCCCGGGCCCCGUCCUGCCCGCGGAGACCCGGCCCGCACUGCUGACCCCGGACGGGGGUAAGGCCCUCUCCCCUUCCCCGAACCAGCUCUCCUUCCUCAAAGCGAACAUUGGCCCGCCGGCAGACCGGACCGCGCUCUCGUCCGUGCCCGGACACCCGUGCUCCUCCCUGGGCCGUGAGCCCCACAAAGACGGACCCCUCGGACCCUCCCUGUCCACUGAGGACCUGACGGAGGCCACGCAGGUCGACGAGCACCUGCAGAGUGCAGCUGGCCCGGAGCCCAACGGUUGCAACGCACUACACUACCCACAAUGCAGUUCAACGAGUGGUACGCUGACACUGCCCCCGCUGCUGCAGAUGAAUGUGGGCGGAGCCAAAGUGAGCGAGUCCACCAAUAAGAGAGCAGUGGGUGCGUGGAAGCCUAUGCCCCGCCUCGCUGCUAUGGGGGUGAAGGGGGGGACCCCCCAUCUGACCUCUGCCCCCUGAUCUUGUGUCCGAUCUUACCCCGGAGGACACAGAUGUCUGGUCUGUCCCCUGCCGUGGUACACUCCCUGCUAGGCUAGCGCUCCCUGCUAGGCUAACGCUCCCGGCUAGGCUAGCGCCCCCGGCUAGGCUAGCGCUCCCUGCUAGGCUAGCGCUCCCGGCUAGGCUAGCGCUCCCUGCUAGGCUAGCGCUCCCUGCCAGGCUAGCGCUCCCUGCUAGGCUAGCGCUCCCUGCUAGGCUAGCGCUCCCGGCUAGGCUAGCGCUCCCGGCUAGGCUAGCGCUCCCAGCUAGCACAAGUCGCUAGUGUUCUUAUCCAAGCCGACUGGACAGAAAAGCCGGUUUUCCUUAUUUAUCGCGAUGUGUCCCACAUUUGAGGGGAGAUAAACGUUGCUAUGACGACAGGGUACCGACGGCUGAGUGAGUUUAGGAGGGAUGUCUGAGGUUUCCAGGGGCAACGGAGACCGAGUGCCUUCUUACAAGCCAAAGUGUGUGUGUGUGAGAGACACUAAGCUGUAGAACUUGGUUUCUUCACGUUGAUCCGCUACACUGGCGCGUUCCGACAGCGGUUCCACCUAACGGAACGGUUCUGCGGUGGAGAACUCUGGUUCUACGGCCGCUUCAGACUCACUGACGGAUCACUCCUCAAAGGAGGCCUUCUGGAACACGAAGCCCUCUGUCCUCAAGUCCUCCGGUCAACCUUCUGACCUCUGGCCGAGCGAUGUGGCAACACCUCGCUAGCCCCUACACACAUGCCACGCCCCUUUACACAGACCCCGCCCCCAGGGAGGGUCAACCAGGAAGUGAGGAACCAUGAGUAAGAGUGGAGUCCUUUAGCCUGUGAACCUUUACCAUAUAUAUAUUUAUGUAUAUGUUUACUUUGUAUAUUCUGUACAGUUGUCCCACGUUUUGGGAUUUCCUUUGUUGUGCAUUUGAGGAACAUCUUGUAUUUUUGUACCGAUGUUGAUGUUAAUAUGUAAGUAUGUUUGUGGUAAACUAAACCUUGCACUAAUAUUACUCCAAUAAACAACGUUUAUAAAUA